AGAAUCAUAUUAUAAAUAAGGAACAUGGCGGUUUCUUUUUUACUAAUAUCAAAGUAGGUGUAGUCGUAAAUGAAAUUAGAGGUAAUCAUUAAAUUUUUCUUGAAUGAAUAAAAAUUUAAUAGUAAAUAUAAUUUGAUGUGUUUUGUUCAAUAAAACAAAUUUAAAUAAAAAUAUAUAUUAUUUGUGACAUUUAACACAAUUAUAAAGAUAAAUCAUUCUACAGCUCAGAAAAUGGUAAAGUUAUAUGCGUUGUCAGUUUUAUACAAAAAUCCUACGUCAGCGACAACAUUGAAAGCUGCUUAUGACGUAGAUAGAUUUUCGUUUUUUCAAAGAGGAAGCGUAAAGGAAUUUAUGACAUUUAUAAGUAAAACUAUUGUGGAAAGAACUCAGAAUUGCUCUAGACAGAGUGUAAAAGAAGGAGAUUAUAUGUGUCAUGUAUUUGUACGAGCAGAUAAUCUUGCUGCAGUACUUAUAUCAGAUCAUGAAUAUCCUAGAAGAGUAGCUCAUACGUUAAUUACAAAAGUUAUGGAUGAAUUUGCAUCCAAAUAUCCACAAUCUACAUGGGAUACAUUAAAUGAAAUUAUGACUGAUUUUGCACAGAUUAAUGUAUAUUUAGCCAAAUAUCAAAAUCCUAAUGAAGCUGAUGCUCUCACUAAAAUGCAAAAUGAUUUAGAUGAGACAAAGAUCAUUUUACAUAAUACAUUAGAAGCUGUUCUUAAAAGAGGUGAGAAUUUGGAUGAUUUGGUUUCUAAAUCACAAGGGCUUAGUGUUCAAUCAAAAGCAUUUUAUAAAACUGCACGUAAAACUAAUUCUUGUUGCAGUUUAGCCCCUUAAAAUUUUUGUUAUUAAAUAUACUGUUUCAGUGAAUAUUAUUGUAAUUUUGUAAUUUUAACUCAAAGUGCAAAUGAAUAAGUAUGAUAAAAAUUUUAUUAAAAGGAAUAAUUUCUAAAUUCUAUAUGCAAUUAGCAUCAAAAUGUGACAAAAUUCAAUAUUUUGUGUAUAAAUUUAUUGUAUAUAAGAUAUAUGUAUUAAUGCACUUAAAUGGUGUAUCAGGUUACUGCCAAACUCAUUCAAUUGACUUCAAAUUCAAUAUUUUUUAUUGAUUCAUAAUUUUUUUUUUCUUUAUAAAAACUUGGUUGUAAAAAAUGGUAUAGUUUAUAGUUAAUAGUUUGUGCAUAGAAAUAUUUUUAUUUUAUUUAUAUAUUGACAAUAUUUAAAGGAACAUUGUAAAAUAAAAUUAGUAUUUCAUUAUUGAAAAAUAAGUAUAUAAUAUAAAUAUAAUUGUUAUGUUUAUUUAAAUGAAUUGAUAAUGAAUUUUAUAAUGAAUUUCUUUAUUAUUAAAAAAUGAAGAUAGUUUUGUAAACAGUUAUCUUAAUUUUUAUUUACAAUAUAAUACAUUAUAAUAGUGAAUGAAGAAUAUUUUUGCUAUUAA